AUGUCACUACUGUGCCUCAGCGGCUCAGAUGUCGCUCAAGUCACCACCAACCUUUCGCCUGAAACGCUACAAAACUUGAUGGCUCAUGUAUUCUUUUUGCUCUCCGCAUCCGAUCCAAAAUCCGUCUUCAUGCCACACCGCACACCGCUUCCAAUGCAGAAUCAUCUUUCGCUGUUCAUGCCCGCUCGGCUGGUCUCACCAGCACUGACCGGUACUUCAAUAAAAAUUGUUUCUGUGCCCACCUCUCCAACCGAUAUGCGCGGUCUGCCUGCUUCAACGUUGGUUCUUGAUGAGGACAGUGGCACAAUUAGGGCAAUAUUAAACGCAUCCCGCCUCACAGCGCUCAGAAAUGCUGCCGCCCGCCACGAAGGCUCGCUGCUGUCUUGCAAUCUCGUUGGCCCUCGUCAGCCGUCAAACAUUGUAGCAUUCGGUGCGGGAGCGCAAAUUUCAGCCCAUUUGGACAUCUUUUUGCGUGCCUUUCCUACCUUGAAACGCUGCACUAUCGUCAAUCGGACUCUGAAUGAUCGCGCUGAGCGACUCGUUCAGCACUUGCGUGCUCGUUUCGACGAGGUCCAGUUUGAGUUCAUCGCUCACGAUGCAAACAAGCCAAAUGCAUCGCUGCGCUCGACGCUUUUGUCCGCCCAGCUUGUCGUCUGCGCGACAUCAUCGACCAUCCCACUGUUCCCAUCCUCACAUAUCAGCAACGGGACCCACAUCAUUCUUAUCGGUAGCUACAAACCUACCAUGCAUGAGGUAGAUAGUACCUUGAUCCGACGCGCUCUCCUCGUCACAAACACUCUCCUCGUCGACUCGCGCUCUGCGUGCGCCAUUGAAGCAGGCGAACUGAUUGACGCUCAGGUAGAAUCCAGCCAAAUCACGGAAAUUGGAGAACUGGUUUCUUUCGACGCAACCACUCAAGAACUGCAGAUUGAUCCGCAUCGCAAGUCAUUGCAGUUUCACGAGGGCCAAACAGAUGGAUCAAUCACGAUAUUCAAGUCUGUCGGGGUCGGCCUGCAGGACGUUGCAAUUGCCUGUGCCGUCGUAAAACAAGCGGAAGACAUGGAAUUGGGAACAAGGGUUGACUGGGAUUAA